AUGACGACGAUGCGGCUGCUUGGCGUGGUUGCCGUGCUCGUGGCAGCGUUGGUUGGCUGGAACUGCAGGGACAUCACGACGGCCGAUCUGCCGCUGGUGGUGAAGCAGUGGAAGGCCUCGGGCCACUACUUCCUCUUCGAGGGCGCGGCAGGCCCUCCUCGCGUCAUCUGGCACAAAGUAAUCCACAACCACGGAGCGCCCCAGCGCACGCUCAUAUGCCUGCACGGCUUUCCUACCUCCUCCUUUGAUUGGAUCAAGAUUUUGCCUGCGCUGCAGCACCAAUUCGAUCAGAUCAUCUUGUUCGAUCUUCUUGGGUUUGGGCUCAGCGAGAAGCCCACAAACCACUCGUACACCAUCAUGGAGCAGGCCGACAUCACGGAGGCACUCUUGGCGCACAUGGGCGUGAGUGAGGUGCACGUACUGGCGCACGACUACGGCGAUACUGUAGGACAAGAGCUGCUCGCGCGCCACAACGAACGGGCCAAGGCUGGCGACUCGACACUGUCCCUCAAGUCCAUCUGCUUCCUCAAUGGCGGCCUGUUUCCUGGCUCGCACCGUCCUCGAACCAUCCAGAAAGUGCUGGCGCUGCCCCACAUCGGCACAUUCCUCGGAUACUUUGCCAACUACUGGCUGUUUUGUCGCUCCUUCGUGCCCCUGUUCGGUGAGCACACGGCACCCACUGAGGCCGAGUUCCAGGAGAUGUGGUCUCUGAUCGCGUAUGAAGGAGGCCACCGACUUGCAGGCGCGCUGCUUCACUACAUGGCGGACAGGGUGCAGCAUGAACAGCGAUGGACAGACGCCCUGAAGCAGACGACGGUGCCGAUCCGUCUGAUCAAUGGGCCUGCCGAUCCUGUGAGCGGGAGACACCUUGCAGAACGGUAUCGGCAAGAGGUGCCCCAAGCUGACGUCGUGCUGCUGGCCGACGGCAUUGGGCACUACCCGCAGCUCGAAGCGCCCAGUGAAACUGUGGCUGCCUACACCACCUUCAUCACUGCUUGA